AUGGCGGCAGUCAAGAACAGCAGGGGAAAGCUUUGGUCGGAUGGGGAAACGAAAGAUUUAAUAGAAUCGUGGAGCAAUGAAGUCAUUCAAGUAGCAUUGGAAAAUGCCAAAACACCGACACAAAGCAACAAAGUCUACAAGACAUUGCUCGUAAGUUGUGUUGCUGUACAGUAGUGAGUAGUGAAGUAGUACGCCUUAGGCUUAGCGAUCAACUUUUGGCAUGUGGCCCAGGUCAAGGACAUGUCAAUGCCAUCCAGCUGUACUCGGGCUCCAUAGACCAUACAGUUUAUACUUGACUUAACUUAUAUGACCAGUGUCACUGCAUGCAUGGGUUAUUGAGGUGCAAAAUUCAGAUUUUAAUCUAAAAUAUAUAUCUUAAAAAUACAAUUACGUGAAACGUACCAACUACCAUAUUAAUAAGACAUAUUUUGUGAUAUUAAAGUUAUAUAAUCUUUUAGCUAUUUAAUUUUUUUAUAGGAACAACUCCAUGCCAAAGGUUAUACAGAUCUUACGUUAAAGGCGGUAGUUAACAAAAUGAAAAAAUUACGCCAAAAAUAUAAAACAGAGAAGGACAAGACAAGGAAGUCUGGCAAUGGAAAACAAAAGAAAUGGAAGUUUUUCGACCAAAUGGAUCAAAUUUUGGCAAAUCGACACAACAUCACACCAGUGUCUAUAUUAGAUACAAUGAAAGAAAGUGAAAAUAGUGAUGAAGAUACUACAUUUUCGAAUAAUUUGAAAGACUCAG